CAUGGGCUCACAGAAUGUAAAUACUGGGCUGUCUUCUGCAAGGUUCCAAGUGCAUCACUUGACCUCCCGCCAAAGAUGGAGGCUCAGAUGCUAUGGCUAUAACACAAGCAACCCUCAAGUGUGGUCAGAAGGGAGUGACGUCCUGGAGAUUCUAGUCUCAGGAACCCUCCAGAAACCCAGCAUCUGGGCGGAGCCAGGCUCUUUGAUCACUUCAGGGAAACCUGUGACAAUCUGGUGUGAGGGAACCAUGGAAACUCAAAUAUAUUUCUUGUAUAAAGAAGGAAGCCCAGCACCCAGGGACAGAUUAACUGCACCAGUGCCUGAUCACAAGGCCAAGGUUUUCAUCCCGUCCAUGAGAGCGCAUAAUGCAGGACGAUAUAGCUGUUACUGUUAUAACUCUGCUGGUUGGACACAGCAGAGCGACCCCCUGGAGCUGGUGAUGACAGGCUUCUACCAUGGUAAACCUACUCUGUCAGCCUUGUCCAGCCCUGUGGUGACCUCAGGUGUGAAUGUGACUCUCAAGUGUGUCUCAUCAAAAGGAUAUGAUUGGUUCAUUUUAACUGGGGAAGACCAGAAUUUCUCCAGGUUCCUCAAGGCACAGUACACACACACUGGGCAGUCCCAGGCUCUGUUUCCUGAGAUCCCUGUGACAUCCAACAAGAGUGGGCUCUUUAGAUGUUAUGGAUACUUGCAAAGUAGACCACAUGUCUGGUCAGAGGCCAGUAACCCUCUGGAGAUAUUUGUCUCAGGGUCAUCCAGGAAGCCCUCCCUGCUAAGCCAGCAGGGACCUCUCCUGGCACCUGGAGAGAGGCUGACUCUCCAGUGUUGCUCAGACAUGAGUUAUGACAGAUUUGCUCUUUCCAAGGAGGGUGGAAGUGAUCUCCCACAGAUGUUUGGCCAUCUUUCCCAGGCUGGAGAGUCUCAGGCAAACUUCACAUUCAACUCUGUGAAUUUCACCACUGGUGGCCGGUAUAGAUGCCAUGGUUCAUACAGCAUCUCUUCUGAGUGGUCAGCCCCCAGUGACCCUCUGGAUAUCCUGAUCACAGGACAACACUCUGUCACACCCAACCUCUCAGUGCAUCCAGGCACCACUGUGUCCUCAGGAGAGAAAGUGACCCUGUUGUGUAAAUCAUCAAUCCCAGUAUACAGCUUCCUUCUGGUCAAGAAGGGUGCAUUGCAUUCCCACAUGCGUCAAAUAUCGAAGCUCCAAGAUUCACAAUAUCAGGCAGAAUUCUCCAUGAGUGCUGUGACCCCAUCGCUUGGGGGUACCUAUAUGUGCUUUAGUUCUCAAAGUUCAUCUUCCUACCUGUUGUCACAACCCAGUGUUCCUGUGGAGAUCAUAGUCUCAGGACUAGCAAGACGCGAGAAGAUUUUGAUUGGGGUUUCUGUGGGAUUCCUCCUGCUGCUCUUCCUUCUUGCCUUCUUCCUUCUGCUCAGACACAGGCACCAGAAAAAACGCAGCAAGGGAGUCCAGACAGCCACCAACUUGCAACAUUCUGCAGGAGCUGGAGAGCCAGUGACCAGGGACAGAGGCAUCCAGAAGAGCCCAGCUGCUGCUAUCCAGGAAGAAAUCUUGUAUGCCACUGUGAAGGACACACCGAUUAAAGAGAGCAUGGAGCUGGAUGUUAUGAGCCAACAUGAAGAAGAUCACCCUAAAGACUUGUAUGCCCAGGUGAAACCCUCGAGACUCAGAAGGGCAGAGUCCACCUCUCCUUCCCUCAUGCCAAAGGAAUUACUGGCUUCAAAGGACAGGAAGGCAAAAGAAGACAAAGAGAGAGACCAUCAGAGUACUGCAUCCAAGGAGCUCUGUGAUGUGACCUAUGCCCAGCUGCACAUCAUGACUCCAAGACAGAGGCAGCUGAACCUUGCAUCUCUCAGGCCAAAAAGUCCCACUUGAGACACUACUCUGAUGUCCAGGGAGAUCCAGGUCCAGGGCGAUCCAGCCUCUAUAUUCUUUGGGGGAGGUAGGACUCAGGGAGAACAGAAAAUAGAAUGUCACAGGUGUACAGCCAUUUUGCAGAUAUAUUGCACAGAGACUGUUAACUGUGGGGACUCAAUUGAUUAUGUAGUCAGAGAUAAGUAAUAUCCAUGCAUUUUAUAAAUAAAGCAAAUAUUUUGUAAGUACUCAAUGGAUAAAAUGGAAGAAAGCAGGA